AUGCUCUUCCUGCGGCUGCUUCGCUACCUCCUGCUCGUCCGGCACCGCGAGUCCGCCAUCGCCGCGUUCCACGUCCGCCUGAUGCUCCACCCGGAGCGACCGCCUGGCACGCUACCGCGGUUGCCUGGCCCGUAUGCUGGGGACUACGAGGGAGUUGCCUGGAACUCGCAGGGAUUCUUCAUGUCGAAGGCCGCCGGGCAUGCUGCGAAGCGCCGCUUCGCACAACGUCUUCUUCAACGUCGUGAUUUCCUUGUCUUGAGCGAGGCGCUUGUCACUGAGGGCGCGGAGGCGACUUUCACGAAUCUGCCUGGGACGUCCUCGUGGUGGUCGCCCGGCACUGCUGCUCGAGCUGGGGUCGGUGUCAUCAUUCGCGACGCGUUCUUGAACAAGUUCCGGCUCCGCGAGCCCGAAUGGGUUGUGGUCGACGCCGGCCGCCUUGCCGUCCUGAAGCUCUGCGGCGAGGAGGGCUCCCUGGAUAUCGCUGCGUGCUACUUUCCGACGGGCGUUGCUCGAGCUCUUCACCGCAACUCCGGGGAGCCCCCAGCCGCGCUCCGUGUGCAGCGAGAGACCCUUUGUCGUAAAUUGCCCCCGCUGCUUCGACCAGAACUUGCUUUGUUCGUUCUUGCAGGCGACUUCAACUUCGUAGUCUCCCACGCUGAUCGCUGGAACAAGUCGUCGGGAGCGCACAGCGGCGACAGCGAUGCGGCCGAGGCUGGUCAUUGGCGCCGCACGCUGCCACCUUCGAGUCUUUACGAGUUGCACCAACCAGAGCCCACCCAUGCAGGGCCCGGCUCGUUCGCUCGUCUCGACCGCGUGUACGUCAACCAGCCCGUGGCCGACCAGUUGGACAAAUCGAUUUUCUCUGUCGCUCUACCCUGGACGAGCUUGUCGCACCAUCGGCCUUUAGCCUUCGGCCGGUGCUCGAAGCCCAUCCGGGCACCGCUGGACAAGGCCAUCCCUGAGGCGAUCGUCCAAGACGAACGCUGGCCCGUGCACGUUGCGGACGAGUACCGAUCCCUGAUGGAGCUCUCGCCAGAGGCUGGCCCGCUCAUCCGCCUGCGCCGCCUCAAGGUGGCCACGCGGGCGGUAUCGGCUCGCCUUCUCGAAGAACGGGCUGCCGGGGACAAUAUGUCCGCGAGCGAGUCGCCGCUGAGCAUGACGAUGGCUAUGUGCCCGCGCUUCGUGCCAGGUAUCCUGUGCUACGUGAUUUUCUCUCAGAUGAUCUUCUUCAGCAUGCUCCUCAUCGGUGUCUGUCUCGCCUUCGAGAACACGCCGUUGGCCUUGCGAGGGCGGAUGUUCAGUCUUCUCUGCAACGCCUCCACGAUGAGGCGCACGCGUCGAUCCCAGGUGUUGCUGCAGCUCAAACGCAUUGCGCCUGGGCGUUCGACGUCGCUGUCGGCGGUGGCAGGUGCAGACGGCGCCCUCCGCACAGACGGCCCCGGCAUGGCCGCGGCCCUCAAGGAGCACUGGAGGGAUACAUUUUCCGCUCGUGCCUUGGAUCGCACUCGCCGGCGGGAGUGGUUCCGCGAGGAUGCCGCGGUCGACACUCUGUUCGAUGCGGCCGUCGAGCUUUCCGAGGAGCAUGGCCGCGACUCCCUGCUGGAGGCGUUCCCGCUGGAUGCCAGCGGCGACACGGCGUUCAACUCGGCCAGCAUGGUCUUUAUCCCGAAAAAGACGGCACAUGAGGCCAACGGUAUCCGAUACCAUCUUCCUGGAGAGGUCCGCCCACUUUCCCUGGUGAACACGGACAACAGAUUGAUGGCUAAUGCUUAUCGCUUGCGGGUGGAACCGCUGCUCGACAAGAUCAUAUCGCCGGCUCAACGGGGCUUCUUGCCCGGCAGGUCCAUGCUGCAGAACGCAGCAGCCCUCCGUCGAUUGGUCCCUGGUCCUGCCCACUGGGUUCUCCCCGCUGACCUGCGAGCUCUACGGCGGCAUUACGGCAUGCCUCAAGAGUUUGCGGACAUGAGCGAGGUUUCGCUGGCCGCUCGUUUUCGCGUCGCUCACCGGGAGGCUGCAGCUUCUGGUGGCUUGGCCGUGGCAUCGGCGGUCCGCCGCCUUGACAGGUCGAUCGCCGACGCGGAUUUCUUCUGGCGCUAUGUCCGGUGGUGCUCCUGGUUUCAAGGUGCCUACGUCCGCAACUUGUCUGCGGCAGUGUCCACGUUCCAACGCGUAGGCAUCGCCAUCCAGACUGUGGAGGCCGACUUGGGAGCUGACGCCCCGCUCCCCCGCACUCGCGGGCAAGCCCGUCGCCUCGCCCACGGCGUGCAGCGAGCGGCUCGGGCAGCGUGGUGCCGCACGUUGCGCAGCCACCCCGAGACGAGACUCAGAGCGAAGUUGGCCAGGUGGCGGCUGCCGAUCUAUCCGCGGCUUCGAGCCAUCCGCGGGUCUGCAGUGCUGCAGCGUCUGGCCCGGCUGGUGCCGCCUCGCGUGGUCGCCGCAGUGCUUCGCACGUGGUUCAAUGGCUGGUGCACGGCCCGCCGUUUCCAAGCCCAUGGGCGUUGUCUGUUCGGCUGUUCCAUGGGGCAGGAUUCUGUCGACCACUACAUGGGCUGCCUCAUGCUACACCGCCAUGGCCAGCUUCGACUCCGGCUCCGCGCUGCGCCAACCUUCGAGGAGCGCGGCCUGAGGUUUUUUCUCCUCGCGGGCGCCCACGAGCUCCCGGACGUGAUCCUCACCCGGCGGGCCCUGUUGCUCGCUGCGGCCUAUCGGCUGCAUUGCCGGUGCCGCCGUCAGCCGGCUUUCUCCGACCACGAAGUUCUACGUCGCGCACUUGAUCAGGCGGUGAGAGAGGCGGCUCAGGGGCACGCUGGGGCUCUCCGCGCGGUGGACAGCGUCUGGGCGGACGAGGAGUUCGGCUUGUAG